AUGUGGGACUCCACCCCCAACCUCACCUCCACCCACAAUGGCAGUGCCCACACAAGCCACCCCGGUAGCACUCUCAGGACCCAUAUCCCCAUCUCCUAUGUGGGCAGCAUAGAAGGGUCCCAGGGGCAGGAGAUUCUGGUUGGAAAAGAAAAUGUCCUUGUUGUAGGUUCUCUUCUUGAAAAUAAGACUAAACAGUAUUUCAGGAUUGUGUUAGAAGGUGAAACGUGGAACCCAUUGAAGUUGCAUUAUCAAUUGCGAAAUGUCCGUGAACGGUUAGCGAAAAAUCUAGUGGAGAAAGGUGUACUGACCACAGAAAAACAAAACUUCCUUCUUUUUGACAUGACUACACACCCUCUCACCAACAACAAUAUCAAGCAGCGCCUCAUUAAGAAGGUUCAAGAAGCAGUUCUUGACAAAUGGGUGAACGACCCCCACCGCAUGGAGAAGCGCUUGCUAGCACUUGUUUAUUUAGCCCAUGCCUCAGAUGUUCUGGAGAACGCUUUUGCCCCCCUUCUGGAUGAGCAGUAUGAUUUAGCCACAAAGAGAGUGCGGCAGCUUCUAGAUUUAGACCCUGAGGUUGAAUGUAUGAAAGCCAACAUGAAUGAGGUUCUAUGGGCUGUUGUAGCAGCUUUCACAAAAUAACUGCAUUCAGACCAAAGUGUUCUCUCUUCUCUCAUGUAAACCCGUUGUUUCUCUUUUAUUGACUAUUCAUGUUUUCUGUAAUUUGUACCUUCUCACAUGAUGAACCAACUCUUGUUUAAUAGAAAUGAUGUGGUGAAUUCCCUCCUUCUCCAUCUGUAUACAGGAUUCUGCUGGUACAAGAGACCUUCCCAUUAAAAAACAACAGAAAAAAAUUUUACUGCCAUAUUGGCAUUCUAAUUCCUGUUCAGUUUUGAGUUAUCUGAAAUACUUCGUUUAGUGUAUUUUUCAUCUUACUGUUAUUGAAGUGGUUUAACAUGGAAAAUACCUCAAGAAGGAAAUGCGCAUGCAGUUGGAUCACUAAUCUCAGCUGACACAGAUGUGUGCAUUCAUCAGUGCUUCUGCAGUACAAUUCCUAACAGAUUGAAGAAGGGCCUUUUAAAAUCACCAAAGCUUCAUGUUGAAGUAUCUGUCAGGACAUUUUAUAUACAGAUGUUGUUUCAAUUAUAUCUAACAAAAAUAACAGCAAAAAUGCCAUUAAGCAGCUUUUUCAAUAGUUCCUGUAAAAUGACCCAUAAAUUUUACUUUUCAUUAAAGUCUCCUGCAUACUUAUGUUUACAUUAAAAUUAUAUCUGAGUCAUAAGGCUAGUGUUGAAAGGUCCAGUUUUUUCAUAAACCCAUUUUGGGAUGGGAUGCAUUCCAUUAUAUUGUAUAUAUAGUUCAAAUUGUAAAUUAACAACUGCCCCAUCUUAGUAUUUUGCAAGUUUUACACCUGGUGCCGCUGAUUUGCCAUCAGCCAUUUGAUGGAAAAAAAGGCCUCCUAUAAAGAGCAUGUAUGCAAAAGCUGUUUGUUUCCAGUGUCUAUAGUUUGCCAUCCAGGUAUUCUAAGUCUCUGCAUUGUCUUUGAGAAUUACUGUAUAGAAUGAGACCACUUUCCAUCAUCAUAUCAUCAUUUGUACUUUUUUUUCCUUGUCUUCUUUUCCCCUUCUCUAUGGAAGAGGCUUGUGACCAGCACAAUUCUUGACUGCAGUUUUUAUGUUUGUUUGUACACAAAUUAUUUGUCUCAAACCUCUCAAUUUAUUUUACACUUUAAAAACAAAAAGUUAGUUCUAGUAGGUGUUGCAUUUAAAUGGUUAGCAAGUAAUGACUGCAGCUCAGAUUAUUAACAUUUCUGUAAUGGGAUGCUGUGCUAUAUUUAUUUUUUAUAUCAAAUUAUGCUGAUUAGCACACUAUUGUAAAUAUAUAUAUAUAUAUAUAUAUAUAUAUAAGACUUUGUCUUUUAAAAAAUGAAUUGUCUUUCUGCCACUGCUUGUUAGGUCCCAUUUGUUUCACAGUGCAAAUAUGCAUUGAACAAAUUAUGCAUCAAUCUAUGUAUUUUUUUCCGCAUAGCAAUGAAGACUUAUGGUGGGGCUUACAGGUGUCUAGAAACUUUUUUUGGUUAAUAUUCAGAGUAAGAAUACUAGAUGGUAUAUAACUUGAGAGUUGAAAUUUAGGAGAUCCCUUAAUCUGUAUACUAGCUUUUUACCUGCAGCAAAUAAACUAUGAUCUUAAAAGUG